AUGGCGGGCUCGCCAGAAACCUAUUUUUGUUGUGUUAGGGGGAGCGCGAAUAUGGUCAACAGCAGUGAUGUAAGCAUGAACGGGUCUCAUACCUACCCUCGAACGUGCUGCCAGAUGACAUUUUCUCUUGUAGCGGUUGUCAUUUUGUUCACGUUGACCAUUGCAGCUCUGAUGGUAGCUAAAAGUCCGGGUCACGACUCAUAUUCGUGGGGAACCGCAUCUAAAUCCACCAUCCCAAUUACCUCGACAAGUUUCGACGCUCGCGGCAUGCUCAGGGUAACAUUUCUCGCAAACAUUCCCCAGGUCUGCCUGUCUUUGCUCUACUUCUCCCUCAACCGUUUCUGCACAUCCAUCUGCUUCGCAAUAGAAUGGAACCAGUAUGGCAAGCAUCGAAAAGGGCUUCGUGUGACUACUUCGUCUGGAAAGCAGCGGAGCACGCACUUCUUGCAAUUGCCACUACGCUGGGCCAUACCGCUUACUGUCAUGUCAGGCGUGUUGCACUGGCUGCUGUCGCAAUCGCUGUUUCUCGUGCGUCAGGAGGUCCGCCGGCGCAAUGGGAUAUUAUAUCCUGGAUCUGCCUGCGCUUGCGGAUACUCAGCUCAAAGCCUCCUAGCCUUCACCCUGACCUUAUUUCUGCUGCUUGUUGCGGUACUUUACCAGCUUCUUAGAGAGAUUGACAUACACAUACCACCUGCCUCUCAUUGCAGCUUGGUUAUUAGUGCAGCUUGUCAUCCGCCAGAAGAUGACGUAGAUCCACAUCUUGCGAAAGUCAAAUGGGGUGUUACCGUGGCAGCUACGGAAAGUAGUGUCGGUCAUUGCACGUUCACGAGUCAAUCGGUUACGAGUCCGCAGUCUGGAGCUUUGUAUGCCUAG